AUGGCUAAAAUGAAAAGGACAAUUGAUAGUCAUAAUAAUAACAAUAUUUAUAAUGCUGGUUCACUUAUAAAUAUCGAGCCAGAACUUUCCGUUGAUAAUAUUACACAAACAACAAUACAUGAAAAUACUACUUCCAGAAAAGAUAAUGAAAAGGAAUCUGCAUCUAAUAAAAAUACAAAUAAUAAGCUUAUAGAAUCACCGAAAAGAACAAAUAUAACUUGUGAGGAAAAUAUUGAAAUUUAUAAUGAAGAACCGUUACCGAAGAAGCAAAGGAAAACACCUAAAAAUUCUUCUAAAGGUACAAAUCCUUCUUCCACCACCAAUAAAACACCAAAAAAAAAACCGUUGGGUAAAAAAAUUAGUUCAUUAGAACAAAUAUCUGAGUUUUAUAAUUCAGGCAUGAAAAAGUUAUCCUCCAAUUACAAAGAAUUGCGUUCAAUCAGGGAUUUAUCUUCUGGUGUUGUCAAAAUUGAAAGAAUGUAUGGUUUCAAAAAUAAAAAAAAAUUAACUGAAAUAGGCAAGUUUUGCGAUUUAUUUAAAAACCAUAUUUUCACUUUCCCACAAGAUAUACUUGUUGAAAAAGAUUAUCUUGCCCGUUUUGAUAAUUCCCAAGAUUUACAAAAAAUUAGAGAAAUUUUUGAACAAAAAAAUGCGAACGAAUAUGAAAGACAGAGUAUGGAACAAUUGCAAAAUAAUUUUGACUUCAAUGGUAAUAAUAAAGCACAAAAAAUAAUAUUUGAAAAUAACGAAUCGGAAAUUGAUCUUUUACCGUCUGCUACCCAAUUUUCCAUUCCAAAAGACAAUUAUUUGGAUUUCCCGGUUUUCAAGUUUGGUACGCGCAAUGGUUUAAUUUAUAAUACCUCGUACUUAAUUACAGACUUAGAAUGGAUACCGAUUUCUGGAAUAAAUGCUACUACACAACUGUUGGUUGUUGCCAAGUCAGCUCAUGCUUCCAAACAAGAUGAUCCAAAGUUGAAAUUAUUCGGUACGGAAACACAUACUAGUGUUUUGGAUGUUUUUCAAGUGGAAAUUGCUGAUCACGUCAAGAUAAAAAAAAUACAAACGAUAGUUCACAAUUUGGGCGAAAUAUGGAAUAUGAAAUGUGUGAAUAAAUUAACUGAAACGGAAGAAAAUGGAGAUGGUAUCAUUACCAAAGUCAAGACAGUCCUAUUAUUUUGUUGUCAACAAGGUUCAAUAAAUGGUAUUGACAUAAAAUGCGAUCUUCAUCUACAACAAGCCCAUGAUGAGGAUAGUGUUGGGAACAACGAUGUGACUAUAUUAUCCUUAAAAAACAUACCCAUUACUAUAAAACUAUCUAGGUCACCAAUUACUUGUUUUGAUUUUAUAAACUCAACAACGAUUAUAGCUGGAUUUCAGUCAGGGCAUAUUGCAGAAUUUGAUUUGACAGAUCCAGAGUUGGUGCCAUCGUAUUAUCACAGAAUACACGAGUCCUACAUUACUUCUAUUGUGGUAUCAUAUUCUGAUUUUGAAAAUCCAAUUAUUUGCACUAAUUCCUAUGAUGGAUGUAUUGUCAUGCUUGAUCCAACCUGUUUAUUCACAUCUAAAGAGGUAGUUGGUAAAUUUAGGGGUGCUAAUUUUGCACCCAUGUGCUACUCCCCACAACUAUUAUGCGUAAUUUUCACUGAUGGAAUCAAUUCUGUGAAAUAUGUCGCACCACACGCCAUUUUUGCCUCUCACUGUUUAGCACUUCAUGAAAAUAGUGUUAGUUCUCUAGCUUCGUCCAAGUUACAUCCCAUGAUAUUAUCAGGUUCAGCUGAUGGUGCAGUCUACAUGCACAACUUACAAAGAAGAAUAUUUAGCAGUGCAAAAUUGUUAAACCUGGGCUAUAAAUAUAUUAGGUUAUGGGAUUGGAAGUAUAAUAAGGAACUAGAUACUUAUAGAUUGGAUGGGAAUUACCACAUUAAAGAUUUUAGUGCAAUUGACAUUACAAAAUUGAAAAUGGAACCACCUGGAAUAAAUAUAUCGUGUAUUAAAUGGAAUGAAUCUUUAAGUGGUGCUAAGGUGUAUGCAUUUACUAAUAGUGCAGGUUUACUUGUGAUAGAAAAAUUAGAGUGA